AUGAUACGGUCGACAAUCGCACCGAAACUAGCCCGGAACCUCAAACUCGUCGGCGAGGUUGACACACUGUCCAAGAUCCACGACAAAACCAAAACUCUCACGCUCUCCAUUUGUAAUCACAGUGAACGCCCUGAAGACCAUGAAUUUCCUCACAAGAAUCCAUUUCGGGACAAGAAACCUACACACUUUAAGGACACGAAUAAGCCUAAGCUCGGAGUACAGUAUCUCUGCAACACAACACUUGACGUUAUGUAUAAUAAAACCAGCUUCAACGUUUUACAAUCACAAACCAAUUCUCUUCUACAAGCUUCGAGCAACUUUAAGAUUGAUGAAUUAUUACUGUUAUUAUGUCCAUAUGCAAUAUACGCUGAUUCUUAUAGUCGCUGGUUCAGGGUUAGGCAUUCCGAAUUUAGUGCAGCUUUGCGAGUUUAUAAUCGUCACUUGCUCUCAACAGUUUCUGACAUGUCAAUUGAGCAGGUUUACUUCAUGAUCGUCCUGUUUACUAAGCUUAGCAAACGCUACGAGCAGUACGCCCUGACGGACCUUUCCCUGCUUUCAUGCCUCAUUUCAAAGCUUAUAUUCUUCGCAGAGAACAUACCAAAACCCACUGAGACCAAGUCAAAUAAUCUUGAGAAGAACCGCUUCUCUGCGGAGAUGAGAUCCUACAACUCAACGCUCCAGACCGUCUACAACUGCUACUUCCCCUACUUCAGGAUGAUUUACACAAGCCUCGACCGCCCAAGAACUUACACUGAAUACCUCACGAAAUCCUCUUUACAUUUACAACAACUUAUACACUCACACCUACAACAACAUAGCAUAAAUGGUAGAUUAGGUGAGAUUACUAAUUACUUCAACGAAUUGGUAAAAUCACUUAACAAAUUGGCUGAUCAUAAUCACUUAAAACUGACUACCAUAACAUACCUGAUAAGGAUUUUGAGUAACUCAGGACUCUGUGACAGUAGGCUAGUUAAUAAAUUGGCAAUUUCAUUACAUUCACUAACGGUGCAUUUAUACGUUUUGACGGAACCAACUGAGAAUCUUGAUAAACAAUCAGAUGAACCAGUUGAGGAUCACUCAGUGUUGCAAAAUCUGUUCACUGAAGUUUUGGAUAAUUUGAGUUUAAGUGACAUUUCAAUGUGUUUGGAAAGUUUGGAGAAAACCCGCCACAUCAAUGAGAGUCUUCUGACUCUCUUCAUACCUUACGUGGUAAACGGACUUAAAAAUGCUCAGACGAAAGAUUUAGUUAUCCUUAUGAACCAACUCACCAAGCUCAACUUCUUCCACUGGCCGGUCUGGCUUCUCAUGGCCAGAGGCAUUAAUGUGAGCAAGUUGGCCCAAAUUAAGGACCUAAACUUAUUAACUGAGUUCUACUCCUCACUUGCGAUCCAGAACACUUACUUGAACAGUGCCAGUAUUAGCCGAAUCAAUGGGCUUAAAUUUGUCCACAUCACUGAUUUGGAGAGUGAGAGUAAGGACAAGGAAGUUGGAGUUGCUGAGAUAUUGAACAAGAUGUACGGCUUGGAGGGGAGUAUGGAAUCGUUAUUGAAUUCCUACGUAAAGCUGAUGAGAGAUUUGGAUAACUAUUUUAAAGUUGGAGCUGUUGGAACUUUGGGGAAUAGCCUGACUCUGGAAACUCUGACCAAAAAUAAAUUCAGACAAAUUAAUCUAUAA